CGUGGUGUGUAAGCUGCUCAGCUGAUUGGCUGACUGUUGAGAGAGGAACGAGGAAGAGGAGAGAAGAUGGAAGGCAACAGAGACGAGGCAGAAAAGUGUAUAAAAAUUGCGACGAAAGCUCUCGAAGCCGGAGACAAAGAGAAAGCCCUGAAGUUUCUCAGCAAAGCAGAGAAGCUGUAUCCAACUGACAGAGCCAGAGCUUUGUUCGAUGCAAUAACAAAGAAUGGAAGCUCCGCAGGUAAUGGUGCAUAUCGCAGGAAACCAGCAGAACACUCAGAAACUACUGCUGCCCAGCCAGAAGAAGAGAGUCGAGAAUCCGGAGGUAGUGAUUCUACCAAAGGCUUCACCAAAGACCAAGUUGAAGGUGUGCAAAGAAUAAAAAGGUGUAAAGACUAUUAUGAAGUGCUUGGUGUCAACAAGGAAGCCAGUGACGAUGAGCUUAAGAAAGCUUACAGGAAACUAGCUCUCAGAUUCCAUCCGGACAAGAAUCAUGCACCUGGAGCAACAGAAGCCUUUAAAAAGAUUGGCAAUGCUUAUGCAGUGCUAAGCAACCCAGACAAACGACGACAGUAUGACCUGACAGGUGGGGAGGAACCAAGCAGCCCAAGUCACACGCGUGGUGGAGGCUUUGACUUCCACAGAGGCUUUGAGGCGGACAUCACUCCUGAGGAUCUCUUCAACAUGUUCUUUGGAGGCGGUUUCCCCUCUUCAAGCGCACACACUUUCACCAACGGCAGGACGAGCUAUAGCCAUCAGACGGAUUACCGACAAGAGAGAACAGAGGAAAGGGGAGAUGGUGGUUUUUCUAUGUUUAUUCAACUGAUGCCCAUCGUGGUCCUGAUUUUAGUGUCAAUAUUGAGCCAGAUGAUGGUGUCCCCUCCACCCUACAGCCUUUAUUCUAGACCGUCGACAGGUCAGACUGUAAAAAGGCAGACAGAAAACCUGCGCGUUGACUACUAUGUCACCAGAGAUUUCAAGUCCGAGUUUAAGGGCUCAGCUCUGCAGCAAAUUGAAAAAAAUGUAGAAGAAGACUAUGUAACUAAUGUUAGAAAUAACUGUUGGAAGGAGAGACAGACAAAAACAGACCUGCUUUAUGCUGCUAAGGUGUACAGGGAUGACCGAAUGCGUAAGAAGGCAGAACUCAUGACCAUGGACAACUGCAAGGAGCUGGACAGACUAAAUAAUCUGUUCAGAGGUGGAUGAAUCGGAUGCUUUUAGAAAAUGUAAAUGUAUUUGAAUAGAUGUAUGUUCAUGUUUUUUUUUGUUUUUUUUAAAGAGUCUAAACAGUAGAAGAACUUUAUGAAAUAAUGUAGCUCUAUUGUUGAAGUUUGGCGAUGUCUCAUAUCCUUUCCUGCCAAAUUCUCCUCUUUCUCACUCCAGCCUGACCCUGGGAAUCGCCUUGUUACAUCAUUAUGCACCAAUCAACACACUAUAGACAGCUCCGAUUUUUAAAAAAUUUAUUUAUUCUAAUUUUAUCUUGUUUUUUCUCCCUCGGAGCAAGAAGGACAAGGACACUUGAUUGUAAAGGCUUUUGCUUUUAGUAGUGAGAACUGGAGAGGCAUUCUGCUCAAGUGAAAUACAGUAUGAACAACAAACUGCAGCUUUUUGCAUCCUCUGCUUGUCUUGAAUAUAAAAUUGGGAGAUGUAAUAGGAUCAGCUGGACACCCAGUCCUCCAGCCAAAACUAUAUAAUGAAGGAAUAAAAAGAAUACCUAUUUUAUCUUCCUACUUGCCUCAACACAUGGAUGAUCAGCGAGUGUCUUUACUAUUUAGAAAAGCAUUUUGUUUUCCAUUGCAAAAAUGUGAAGCAGGUUGGGACUUAAGAUGAAUGAACAGUGAAACUGUUAUUCAUAAAUGGUUGUAAAUUUUCAUUUUUGAAUGUUUAAAGUUAAUGAAGUUAUUUAAAUAACAAUAGAAGAAACAGGUUUUUCUUCAGUGCUCGCCUAAUCAUUUAAAUAAAGUGAAAUUGUUACCAUUAACUGGAUGGACUGUCUUUUUGAAUCUGACAUUAAGAAGACUGGUCAAAUAAUGUCAAACGGUUUAUUUGAAGAAAGGGGUACGUCAGA